UUAAUGGCUGACACCAGGAAUAUGGCUAGGUCACAAGGGGGGUGAUUAGAUAAGUACCCAACGUAAAGGAAUUUGUGGUGGACUGUGAUAUUAUUCCUGUACAAGGUGUUUACAGUUUUGCAAGGAGUCCUUGUAACAUGGAGAGAGAGUUCUAAUGUUGUUAUCACUGGUUAUAAGAUCUGAGAAGUUAUGGUCAUUGUAGAGGGAAUGUACGGCAGCCCUGCUGGGGAAAUCUCAUAUGGCAUAAAGAAGGUAUUUGAGGAAUCCAUGCUAUUGCAUGGCAGCACACUAAGUCCUGAUCUCAACACAACGGUCAACACAACAGGCAACAUGACGAGUGAUAGUCAGCAGAAGCAGCAGGAUAUGAGGGACUUCUACAUCGGCCUGUCCCUCGCUAUCAGCUCAAGCAUUUUCAUCGGCAGCAGUUUCAUCUUCAAGAAACUUGGCCUGCUCCGUCUCGCCAAACAGCAGUCCACAAGAGCAGGCCAAGGCGGGUAUGGUUACCUCAAAGAAUGGAUGUGGUGGGCAGGCAUGAUCCUCAUGAUUGUUGGGGAAUUUGCCAACUUUGCUGCCUAUGCCUUUGCUCCGGCCACGCUGGUAACUCCUCUGGGAGCCUUAAGUGUACUUAUAAGCGUUGUGCUGGCAUCGCGGGUGUUGAAGGAGCACCUGAACCUGCUGGGGAAGGUCGGGUGUCUGCUAUGUAUCCUCGGCUCCACUGUCAUGGUCAUACACUCCCCCAAGGAGCAGGAGGUCGGCAGCAUGGAGGCACUCAAGACGAAACUCGUCGAACCAAUGUUCAUCGUUUUUGGUAUCCUCGUAAUAGCGGCAGCUAUAAUUGGGAUAUUCUACUUCGUCCCUCGCUACGGCAACAAGAAUCCUCUGGUAUACAUCACCAUCUGUUCCGUCCUGGGGUCUUUCACCGUCAUGGGUUGCAAAGGAGUGGGUGUAGCAAUCAAGGAAACGUUCCGCGGCAGGAACGAGUUCACAAACUACCUGACAUACGUGCUCCUGGCAGUGGUGGUCGUUUGCAUACUUAUCCAGCUCAACUAUCUCAAUCGUGCUCUGGACACUUUCAACACGGCGGUUGUUACGCCGAUCUACUAUGUGUUUUUCACGUCUGCUGUGAUAGCCGCAUCGCUCAUCCUCUACAAAGAGUUUGGCAACAUGAAGGUGAAGGCAAUUGUGGGAAAUAUGUGCGGCUUCUUGACGAUUAUAUCAGGAAUAUUCCUACUUAAUGCCUUCAAGGACCAGAAUAUUAGUAUAUCAACACUAGCCAGUGCGCGGAAAGAGGCAGUGUCCAGUUCUAAUGGAGAACUCAGGAGUGUGACCACUUACGAUAAUUUUAAUGGUGAUCAAGAGAGUCUGCUGACGGGUGGUCAGAAUGAUGAACAGCUGCUGUCAGAAUAUCACCAUCAAUGAUGUGGAUCUCUUACUGAAAGUACAUUAGGAAGAGUGUGAUGAACGUGGGGGGGGGGAAGACAAUUACAGGAGUAUGGUCUGACAAAUGCCAGUAUUCCUCAAACAAUAUUCCAGGUGAAGACGUCUAAAUAAUCACAUAGAGCAACUAAGUUACUCUUUUGUAUUUGACUAAGACUAUAUUUUGUGUAUAGAUACAUAGACAUUAUUUUUGCUUGGAGAAUAUUUACUAUUGGAAUCACAUGUCACUGCGAUACAUACUUUGAAGGAUGUUCCUCAUGGUCUUUGUGUAGUGGUCACUGGUAGGGUGUUCGGUCACUGGUAGGGUGUUCGGUCACUGGUAGGGUGUCCAGACAGGGUUUUUUAUAAUUGUGUUCGGUCACUGGCUGGGUGUCCAGACAGUGGUCUAUGAAUGGUGUUCGGUCACUGGUACAGUGUCCAGACAAUGGUCUUUGAAUGGUGUUCGGUCACUGGUAAGGUGUCCAGAAAAUGGUCUUUGAAUGGUGUUCAGUCACUGGUAAGGUGUCAAGACAAUGGUCUUUGAAUGGUGUUCAGUCACUGGUAAGGUGUCGAGACCGUGGCCUUUAAUGGUGUUCAGUCACUGGUAGGGUGUCGAGACAAUGAUAGCAUACGUUAUUGAAGUGCACAUAAAGUUCAGCAAUCAAACACAUUCACAUACAUAAACACAUUUGAAUGAUAACAAACCACUGAUUAAAGUACCUUAGAUCUCAGAAAAGCUUGCCAUGUCAGUUUUGAAAACAUAAAACUGUAACCUCGUAAGAUUUUCAACGGCAUGUAAGGGGCACUGUGGUAACCUAGUGGUUAAAGCGUUCGCUCGUCACGCCGAAGACCC